AUGGCAGGGGGUGCUCGCCCUCCACCUCCGCGACUCCCCCCCAACCUUCCAGCCCUCCAGGGCAUGGGAAACCAUCCGGGAGGCGGCGGGGGCGGCGGGGGCGGCGGCGGUGGGCCUGACAAGAUGGGCAUGGGGCGCGGUGGUAAGAACGGGCCGAACGGUACCGGCGGCGGGGGUGCGACAAACGGCGGCGGCGCAUCUACUCCGUCGAUGGGAGGCGGCGGAGGGGGGCCCAGCAUCAAUGUGUACGUCGGCAAGCUCAAGCCCGAGACGGACAACUCGCUGGUGCAGGAGCUGCUCACGUGCUGCGGGAGGGUGGAGAAGUGGAACCGAGCGGUGGAUCCAUCCACAGACCUGCCCAAGGCGUUCGGGUUCUGCACGUACCACAACGCGCAGGCGGCGGCCAUCUCGGUGCAGCUGCUGAACGACCUGGAGCUGGCCGGACAGCCCAUUCUGGUCAAGGUCGGCAAGAAAGAACAGCCUUCUCUGGAGGCAUUCCUGAGCCCGAAAGACGAGGAGUACGCCAAGAAGCACCAGGUUCUUCUCGACGCCGUCAAGGCCAAGAUCGAUUCCGUCCUCGUGAGGUACGGCGAGCGCAGCGCUCCCGGCAAGGGCGCAUCCAAGGGCGGAACCGUCAACUCGGACGGGGGGAAAUCCCCGGUAUCCGUCGGCGCCAGCAGCCCUUCCCGCUCGGGCCGUGGUAGCUCCAAGGGGGACGGCGGAAAGGGUGGCGGUGGGUCUGGGUACCAGCAGGCCGCCGCCGGCGGCGGAGGCGGGCGGAAGUCGAGGAAGGACUGGGUUAGGUACGACGGGGCGGCAAUGCUGCUCAGCAGCGCGGGGUGGAGCGAGGACGAGGACGAGGAGAAGGAGGAGCUCAUCACUAGCGAGAUCGAGAAGUUCAGGCAGAAGCAGGCGGAGAGAGACAAGAAGCUGGAGGACGAGCGGCGGCAGGAGCUGCAGCGCAAGAUCAAGGACGCGCAAAGACGGGAGAAGCAAAAGGAAGAGGACAACAAGCGGAGGGAGCAGGCUUCUCGGGACCGGGAGGCGCGGGAGAUGGUCGCGAUGGCCGCGAUGAAGAGCCGCGACGACAAGGAUACCGCGGCGGACCAAAAGAAGGGCGGCGACGAAGACGGCAAGAAACCCUCCUCGCCGAACGGCAGGGACAGAGACCGGGACAGGGACAGGGACAGGGACAGCAGGGGCCACGACCGACGCAGGUCCAGAUCCCGCUCUCGCUCCCGCUCCCGCUCCCGCUCGAGGGAGCGCAAACGCGGGCGGCGGGAGCGUUCCUCGGACCGGGACGGCGGCAGGAACCGUUCUCCGGACCGGUACCGAGGGGACCGCGAUAGCAGGCGCGACGACCACCGCGAUAGCGAUAGGGGCGGUGGUCGCAGCAGCGGCGGGGACAAAGAUAAGGACGGAGGAGGGGGGGGCAGCAGCGACAAGGAUAAGGAGAUGGAGGCUAAGCGGGCCGCGCGCGCGAAGCUCGCGGAAGAAGAGACGCGCAAGCGGCGCCUGGCGGUACUGUCUGCGUUAGAGAACGCCGGUAACGACGGGGACGACAGCGACGGCGGCGGCGGCGACGGCGGGGCGGGAGCGGGGGCGGCCGCAGGCGGGGGAGGGGCGGUAGGGAACGGAGGGGCCGCGAGCGCGGUGGACGAGAGGCAGAGAAAGGAGGAGCUCCGGAGGCGCAAGGCCGUUCUCGCUGCCCUCGGGGACGGCAUGCUCGACUCCGACGACGACCAGGAGGAGGAGGACGAGGAGGACGAGGAGGACGAGGCGAAGCCGGCAGCAGCGGAGGCGUCAACGCUGGCGGCGGUGACGGCGGGCGUGGAAGGCGAUGCCGGCAAGGAGGGGUCCGAGAGCAAGGUGGCCGCUGUCGUGGAAAAGAAGGGCAAGGCGAGGGAUAAAGAGCUGGUCGGAAGCAUCCCCAAGGACCGCGAGGAGCUUUUCGCGUACGAGAUCAACUGGCAGAUGGUCGAACAGCACAACAUUAUCCAGUCCAAGAUGCGGCCUUGGAUUGUGAAGAAGAUCAUCGAGUACCUCGGGGAGGAAGAGAAGACUCUCACCGAGUUCGUUCUUACCAAGCUGGGCCAACGGGCCAAGCCGCAGGCGAAUGUCAGCCAGUUCGCGGACUUCAUACUUUCCGCAAAAUGGCAUCGCCUUAUCCGUACCCUGAACCUUGCGGCCACCUACGCGACGUCCUCGACCGCGACCAUAAUGGCCCACAAGUCCGUAUUGGCUCGUCCCUCCACCUCCGCCUCUGUGAAAACCUUGAGGGCCUCUGCCGCUACACUGCGGCCCAAAGAACUGGGGCUGCCCGAACAUCGGAGGUUGACGAUUCUUGACGAGCUCAAGUUGGUGCUGGAGGAAGAUGCCGCGGUUUUCAUGACCAAGAUGUGGCGCAUGCUCGUCUUCUGCACGCUGCGAGCCAUGGAGAGGGCGCAGUGAGCGAAAGAUGUCGAUGUGUUGUGCCU